CGAAAAACGAAGGACGUUUCGACCUCCCGUCUCCGCGAAAACGGCGCUGCACUCCUUCCACCACCUCCAGCCUGCGUCGGCUGCUCCAUUGGCUUUGUCAACCGUGGCAGCGGCAAUGAAUGGCCGACACCACGCUCACAACCACCAGCCGCAUCAGCAGCAGCAACACUUACCUGUCCACGAACUUCUAGCGCGAUACCACGCGCCCCGGCACCACUCCGGCGUCAUGACCCUGACCAAAGCUGCGGCGCCCGAAGCAGUCGCAGUGCCCUUGUCUCAGCAACAGCACCAACCGCACCAUCAGGUGUCCUCGAGCGACCUGGGAUCGGGAGGCGGUGGCGGCAGACGUCGACAAGGCUCGCAGGCCAACGGGACGGCGACGACCACGACGCGAAGUCCGAAGUGCGCCCGAUGCCGCAACCACGGUCUCAGCAUCGCCAUCCGGGGCCACAAGCGCUUCUGCAAGUUCCGCCAGUGCGACAGUCCCAAGUGUCGCCUGACCGUCGAGCGCCAGAAGGUGAUGGCGGCCCAAGUGGCACUGCGCCGCGCCCAGGCACAGGACGAAGCACUGGGCCGCAUCCCGACGGACGAGGACGCCAAGCCGGUGCUUCCGACAGACCCCGGCGCGCCGAUCAUGCCUCAGACCUCUCCGACGUCUCUGCUCAGGGGACCUUCGGGAGCAGGGCUCGCCGUGUCAACCAACUCCGCCUUCAGGGCAGCUCCCGGUGAGUGCUGGCAAAAAGUGCAUCUACUGCAGACAAUCUCUGGUCGUUUCAAGGAGGAAACGGUCGCUCGGGCAAAAGGGGGAGGUCUCCGUCGCCAACAUGGUAACUACUUCGCUCAAGGCGCGAAACUGAACUAUUCCGUGGGAAGGAAUCGCGUUUGGAAGAACGCCACAUUUUUAUGUACUUCUUGCAAAGCACGUUGGAGAGGGAACCUCUUUCAACGCUUCUCCAUCUUGGUCCCACGUGACACCACGUGACCUGCGUUUCGUUUUCGAUGGGCUCCCUAUUCAAACGACCCCGUCGUGAAAGAUCCUCGCUGUAGGCGAUAAACUGCUUUUGAAGCGUUUUCCACUGUGCCGCAAGAGCUUUUGCGCGCAAAACGCGAGCGAAAGGUCUUGCCGUGCCCCGUCAGAUUACGCCCGUUUUUUACUAUUGAACACAAAAAACUGUUAAACGACGUGGAUGUAUUUGCUUUUUGAUUGCCGCCUUUGCUGCUUUUCGAUCGCGUUUCCGUGUUAAACGCGUGGUUGCGAAUUUCGUGCAGGCAAUAACCUGAACGCGGAAGCUCCUACAUUGAUGGCCUCCUAUGAAGGAGGUUCCGUUCUGGAAGCCUAUGGCUUUCACAUGGUGUGCUCGAAGCUAUGCCAAAGUAUGUUUGAUAAAAAAUCAAACAUGCUUUGGCACAAGGGCGAGUAGCGUGGCAAAACUUCCCGAUGCAGCGUUUUCGGCACAAAAAAAAAAAAAAACAGUGCUCAAAUGACGUUGUUUAGCACCCUUUCAGUCGGAUGAGGUCUCAAGCAACAUCAUUUGUAAUGAAAUCCUCUGUCGCACAGUAGCAUCACCUUUGUUCUUAUGCCGCCUAUAUAUUAUAUGUUUAUAUGCUGUAAAGCUGUAGACAAAGUGGAUGCCGUGAUAAAUGUUGUUGGGUGCUACGUGUAUAUUUGUUCCCACUGUUCGCUGUACGCUAAAAAUUCCAUAUUUUUAUAACAUAAAAAAAAUGUACCGCUUCUUGUGAGUGGGGAACCUUUUGAAACUGUGAGUUCAAGAGCUUCCGCGCUUCGUAUUGCAAACUGUACCACAUUCCUUUUCGGACGUUGCGCACAGGCCUGUGACGUUUCUGUGCUACGUAAGCAGUAGACUGUUAUAAACAAUCAUGCCUCUGUGCAAACAAUGCAAAUCAAACAUUACAAAGUGCACACGCCUUUGAAAGAUGUCGUAUAUCCGUUUGCAAAGGUUCUACCACCGAAGAAAGGUGCUAAAGCUCUUGCCUUCCCAAGCAUAUUUUGUUCAAUGUCGCGCGUUCUGAGUUACGAGAAUUGUGAACUUUCCCUUGUGGGAAACAUCAGCAUUGGAAAGCCGGACACUCUGUCUUUUUCUUGGCUGAGCUGAUGGGUCUCUACAUGGUGGCAAGAAACGCUUUACGCCCUCUGUUCAUUUCUACGUUACACUGUUAUCCAUGCAGCAUCAAAUGACGGCUAUGUUAUGUUUUUAUUUUAUUGUUUGCACCUCAAUAAAAUACGCUUC